UUUGCAUCCCAGUAACAGUAUGCGAGAAUGUGUUUGCCAUUGUGUACCAGAAAGCACUUUGUGCUCUAAACAUGUAGAUAGUUGCCAAACAUGUAAGUGAAUAUUUAUUUCUGAAUGCCAUGUCAUUUUACUUUCUCUUAAGGGAAGUCAACAUUAUUACAUGAACAUUUCAGAUGUCAUCUCCUUUGAUAUUUUGGUUUCAGCCAUGAAAACAGGAAAUCAAAGUUUUGGGACAGAUUUUCUACUUGUUGGUCUUUUCCAAUAUGGCUGGAUAAACUCUCUUCUCUUUGUCGUCAUUGCCACCCUCUUUACAGUUGCUCUGACAGGAAAUAUCAUGCUGAUCCACCUCAUUCGACUGAACACCAGACUCCACACUCCAAUGUACUUUCUGCUCAGUCAGCUCUCCAUUGUUGACCUCAUGUACAUCUCCACCACAGUGCCCAAGAUGGCAGUCAACUUCCUCUCACAGAGUAAGACCAUUAGAUUUUUGGGCUGUGAGAUUCAAACGUAUGUGUUCUUGGCCCUUGGUGGAACUGAAGCCCUUCUCCUUGGUUUUAUGUCUUAUGAUCGCUAUGUAGCUAUCUGUCACCCUUUACAUUAUCCUAUGCUUAUGAGCAAGAAGAUCUGCUGCCUCAUCGUUGCAUGUGCAUGGGCCAGUGGUUCUAUCAAUGCUUUCAUACAUACAAUGUAUGUGUUUCAACUUCCAUUCUGUAGGUCUUGACUCAUCAACCACUUUUUCUGUGAAGUUCCAGCUCUACUAUCAUUGGUGUGUCAGGACACCUCCCAGUAUGAGUAUACAGUCCUCCUGAGUGGACUUAUUAUCCUGCUGCUACCAUUCCUAGCCAUUCUGGCUUCCUAUGCUCAUGUGCUUAUUGUGGUAUUCCAGAUGAGCUCAGGAAAAGGACAGGCAAAAGCUGUUUCCACUUGUUCCUCCCACCUGAUUGUGGCAAGCCUGUUCUAUGCAACCACUCUCUUUACCUACACAAGGCCACACUCCUUGCGUUCCCCUUCACGGGAUAAGGCGGUGGCAGUAUUUUACACCAUUGUCACACCUCUACUGAACCCAUUUUUCUACAGCCUGAGAAAUAAGGAAGUGACGGGGGCAGUGAGGAGACUGUUGGAAUGUUGGAUAUGCUGUAGAAAAUAUGACUUCAGAUCUCUUUAUUGAUUGAGCAUUAACAACAUAAAAAGCUGUUCCUCAAAACUAUCUGGAAAGAUAUAAAUACGUGUUUUCUGUUUAGAAGUCACAGUGUUUAUCAAUCUUGUUUAACUUGUAAAGCAAUAGAAUUCAGGCUUCUCAAAUCUGUGUUCCCCUGGCAUUUUAAUACUUUUACUUGCCCUCUUGAAUACUCUGAAAUGUGAACCAUAAAAAUAAAAUCUACUUAAACAUUUAACCUCAAGAUAAUCUAUAUAACAACCAAAGUUAACAGAGAGAAAAAUGCAUAAUUCAUUUAUUCCUUCUUUCACUCGGUGUUUUAAUGCUUUAAUUUGUGUGUGACGCUGUUACAGACACUGGUCAUGUGAGAGUAAACAAAAAUAAAAGCUGACAGAAAUCUCUGCUGAUCAGCAAACUUAAUUUCUGUUCCUGUUUUUCUUUCAUGGUUUUCAUGCUUGAUUAAUAAUGUU